UAGGCUCUCUGCCCUGCUUUCAGGCGGUGUCGGAUUUACGGUCUAAACGAGUUUCCCACCGGAAAGGCCCACAUGAACACCUUAUUAUGUCGGAUGAUCAAGUGGAGGAAAUCGCGAUUCUAGAUGCAGUACGAAUUGGCCAAGUUGUGACAUACUCAAUCUUGCCAACAUGGUCGAACAAAACACCAAGUGAACUGUAGGAAAUGCCAUACAAUAUAGCUAUCCUCGGAACACAAAGCAUGUGAACGUGAAGGAGGAUGGCCGACUUGCCAUGUAUUCCCAACUGACCGUCGAAACAAACAAAAUGAGAAGGCAGCACGGCCCAAACGGCCUACAGUCAGGCAUGAAGUCUGCCACCUGGGUGCUGGUCUUCUUCCUGGUGUCUCUGGUCAUGACCACCAUGUGCCUGGUUCGGGAGUUCGGAAAUAUACACUUGACCAAACGAGUGACACCAUCUCCCUCUAAGUCAUAUAAAGUUAGAGCUUCAACACCUCAUUCCCAAGUGCGGCUGGUGGGCGGGCGGGGCCGGUGCGAGGGGCGUCUGGAGGUGGCGAUCAACGGGACCUGGGGCACGGUCUGCGACGACGACUGGGACAUGGUGGACGCUAACGUGGCCUGCAGGCAGGCGGGCUGCGGCCCGGCCGUGCCCAGCAGCGCCUCCUUCGCGGCGGGAGACGGGCCCAUCCUACUGGACAACGUGGAUUGCCGGGGCGGGGAGCACAGCCUGGCCCAGUGUGGGAGUCUGGGCUGGGGGGUCCACAACUGCUACCACUACGAGGACGUAGGGGUCACAUGCAAAGACCCCUCCCAGCUAUCUGCAGGAGGACAUGAGGCCAUCACAACACCAUCUCCUGGCAUAUCAGGGCCUGUGGACGGGUCCAUCCGGCUGGAGUCGGGGCUGCACGGCUGUCAGGGCCGUGUGGAGGUGCACUUCCGGGGGAGUUGGGGCACGGUGUGCGACGACGACUGGGACAUGCGCAACGCGGACGUGGCGUGCAGGCAGACGGGGUGCGGGCGGGCCGUCGCCGCCACCGCCAACGCCUUCUUCGGCCUCGCCACCGGCCUCAUCCUCCUCGACAACGUCAAGUGCCAGGGCCACGAGGAGAGCCUGGCGGCCUGCUACAACCUGGGCUGGGGAAUACACAACUGUGGCCACCACGAGGACGCCGGGGUCAUCUGCACAGGUGUCUUGCCAACGUUCAAGUCUCCUUCGAUAACCAACGUGGGGGGAGAUGGCAGGGAUUUCCCGGAAAGCACGACUGUAACAGCUGUUACAGCUGGAGCCAGUGAAACCACAGGAGAGCCCACCACUCAGCCAACACCAGCAGUAACAGAUGCUACAACUGUAGCCAGCGAAACCACAGGAGACCCCAUCACUACGGCACCAGCAGCGCCAGUGCGGGGCUCCAUCCGGGUGGUGAACGGGCACGGCCGCUGCCAGGGCCGGGUGGAGGUGUUCUACGGGGGCCUGUGGGGCACGGUCUGCGAUGACGAGUGGGACCUGACCAACGCCCAGGUGGUGUGCAGGCAGCUGGGCUGCGGGCCGGCCCGGGAGGCCAAGGUGCUGGGCUACUUCGGCUACGGCGCAGGCCCCGUCCUGCUGGACAACGUGGACUGCAGGGGGAAUGAGGGCCGGCUCGUCGACUGCUUCCACCUGGGGUGGGGCCAGCAUAACUGCGGCCACAGCGAGGACGCUGGCGUCGUCUGCCUGCCAACUCCAGAAGUUGCUUCACGUGAAUUUGGGCCAGUGGUACCGGUGGAAUUGCCAACAGAGGGGCAAGUGCGGCUGGCGAACGGGACACACUGGUGCGAGGGGCGAGUGGAGGUGUUCUCGGCGGGCCGGUGGGGCACGGUGUGCGACGACGCCUGGGACCUGGCGGAGGCGCGGGUGGUCUGCCGGCAGCUGGGCUGCGGGGAGGCGGAGCGCGCCCCGGGGGACGCCUCCUUCGGGAGGGGGGAGGGCACCAUCCUCCUGGACAACCUGAAGUGCCGGGGCGAGGAGGCGUCGUUGCUGGAGUGCUCGCACAUACCCUGGAACGUCCACAACUGCGAGCACUCGGAGGACGCCGGCGUGACCUGUAAGCUGUAGUGACCCGGCCGCGGCCCCACCGCCCAAACGCCGCCCUCCUGAGGGAGCCCUUCAGACUCUGUACAUUUUGUCCAUCGUAGCACUUCAUACAAUUUGGAA